CUGCUUCUCAGCAAUCAAUUCAAUUCUCUCUCUCUCUCUCUAAUUUUCCAAAACAACAAUUAAAAAAAAAAAAAAAUUCAAUCUCUCUCUCUUUCUCUGCUCUUUUUCUCUCUCUGUGAACGAUUUCUACCAUAAUUAAAAAGCAGAGAAAAAGACGAUGACCAUGCUCAACAUCGACUCUGACGCUGAUCCCAGUACCAGUUCCAGUAUCAAACCCAAACCCAUAGCAAUCCGGGAAGUCUGGGCCCACAACCUGGAAGCCGAGUUCCAGCUCAUCAGGAACCUCAUCGACGACUUCCCUUUCAUCUCCAUGGACACCGAAUUCCCCGGCCUCGUCUUUCGUCCCCCUCCUCAACUGGACCCCACCAUGCGCCGCCUCCGACCCUCCGAUCACUACCUCCUCCUCAAAUCCAACGUCGACGCCCUCAACCUCAUCCAGGUCGGCCUCACCCUUUCCGACUCCCUUGGUAACCUCCCCGAUCUCGGUUCCCAUAACCGCUUCAUCUGGGAGUUCAACUUCUCCGACUUCGACGUCUCCCGUGACGCCCACGCCCCCGACUCCAUCGACCUCCUCCGUCGCCAGGGCAUCGAUUUCGACCGCAACCGUGACGAGGGCAUAGAUUCCCGCAGGUUCGCCGAGCUCAUGAUGUCUUCCGGUUUGGUCUGCAACGACGCCGUCAGCUGGGUCACCUUUCACAGCGCCUAUGAUUUCGGGUACUUGGUCAAGAUCCUCACGCGCCGGAGCUUGCCUGGGAGGAUGGAGGAAUUUCUGAGGGUUCUCAGGGUGUUUUUCGGAAACAGGGUUUACGAUAUAAAGCACAUGAUGAGGUUCUGCAAGAGCUUGUACGGAGGGCUGGAUCGGGUGGCCAGGACGCUGGAAGUGGACCGGGCCGUCGGAAAGUGCCACCAGGCCGGCUCCGACAGCUUGCUGACGUGGCACGCUUUUCAGAAGAUGAGGGAUGUAUAUUUUGUGAAUGAUGGGCCGGAAAAACAUGCCGGAGUCUUGUAUGGACUGGAGGUGUUUUGAUUGACCAAUCGGACCAAAACCACCCCAAAAAUUAUUGUUAAAAAGAAAAAAUGAUAAUAUAAAAUUCUUUUAUUUAUCAA